CCCAGUGUCAGUUUAAAACCAAGCCAAUCACAAACAACUUCAUGUCCUUCUAGAGAGUCAGUCAGCUCAUGAGUCACCAACUGCAGAGCUUCAACAAUGAUGCCACUUCACAUUUUUCUGCUCCUCCUCUGUGAAACCUACCAGGGUGCAGCCACUGGUAUCAUACAGGACAGCGGGUUGAAAACAGCCAUACUUGGGCAGACUGUAACUCUGAACUGCUCCUAUGAUUAUGAGUCAGUAUCUUUCUUGUCCUGGUACCAUCAGCGCCUAGGAGGCAAACCUGCCAUCGUGUCGACUCAGAUGAAGCACAAACCAAAAGCUUCCAUCUUCCCAGCAUAUGAAGAGAGGUUUCAAGUCUUUGCACAAGAAGGCAAAAACAAUCUGAUAAUCAGAGGUGUUGGCAUGAACGAUUCAGGGACGUACUACUGCGGGGUUUUAGAAUUCAACACAAUUGAAUUCGGACAAGGAGUCUUUCUUCAUGUCAGAUCAUCAUCGUCUAACACCCAAGGUGCUAUCCGUCAGCCUGUGCUGGAGCAGGUCUGGACAGGGGAUUCAGUGAAUUUGAGCUGUAAAAUAAAUGUUGCACCGUGUGCAGGAGGGCAGAGCUUCUACUGGGUCAGACAUGGAUCAGCUCAGCCUGUGGUCGUGUUUCACAGUCCAGGACAGUGUGGUGAUCCUGGGAAAGAAUGCACUUCAAACCUCGCUCUCAAGGCAGUGAGCUCCUCUGAUGCAGGGACGUACUACUGCGCUCUGGAUUCAUGUGGAGAGAUCGUGUUUGGGAAAGGAACCAGAGUGGAGCUUGCAGGAGGUUUUCCUAAAGUCUCCUCAAUGUUGAUGUACUGCCUGAGCGUGACACUGGCCAUUUCCAUCAUCAUACUCCUCGUCUUGGCUGUCAUCACGUACAAGAUGAAGAAAAACUUGUGCUCCAUCUGCAGAGGUACUGUUUUGUAUUUUGCUGGUUCUGCAUCUUUGGACGCCAUGGUGGAUGACAUACAUAGUGAAGAUGCAGAUGUUCUCCAUUAUGCUGCUCUGAGCCUGAACAAACCAAGCAAGCAACAUCACAAAGGGGAGAGGGCUGAGACGGACUGUGUUUACUCCAGAGUGAGGAGGAAGUGAACAAAGACGAUGCCUGUUUUAUUUCCUUUUACCUCACAUUUGUAAAUAAACACUUUAAGACAAAUAAAAA